AUGGUUUCUGGAUUAAUCAACGCAAACCCUGUCAUAUACGAAAAGAAGCAGCGUCAACAACGUUCUACUCAAUCCCUUCCCGCCGAUGAAUACGCAGUCGAACCAAUCGAUCAACUCGAGAUUUUCGAUCAUAUAAGAGAUAUCAAGGAUCCUGAGCAUCCGUACUCUUUGGAAGAACUCAAAGUGAUAACCGAGGAAGCAGUUGAAGUCGAUGAUCAGAAUAGUUAUGUCAGGGUUACAUUUACUCCGACCGUGGAACAUUGUAGUAUGGCAACGAUUAUAGGUCUUUGCUUACGGGUUAAGCUCUUGAGAAGUUUGCCUUCGCGUUACAAGGUGGACAUCAGGGUGGCACCUGGAUCCCAUGCUACCGAAGCUGCGGUUAACAAACAACUAAAUGAUAAGGAACGUGUAGCUGCUGCACUUGAAAACCCAAACCUUGUGGAUAUGGUGGAUGAAUGCCUUGCGCCAUCUUAUGAUUGA